AUGAAGCUGAGCCAACGCUUCGAACUGUUGAUGCAUGAGCGCCGAAGCAAAGCUGGAUCCGAGAACAUCUCCGAUCAGGAUCUGCUCAGUGAAAUCAUUGAGCGCUUCAACGACUUUAAGUCCAAUGCAGCACUGAAGCGUUGGCAGAUCACGCCAGACCAGACUGCGGCCAUCCAAGGAAUUGUCUUGGGCAUGACAGAGGACAGCCGCAAUCUGGUGCGCAGUCACCUUGACUUUGAGAAGUAUGAGGAGUCUGGAAGGGCAGCACAGGAACAUGGCAGGAAGCUGUUGACCGUGUCGGAAGGUUCCCAAUAUUUGGCCUUCAAAGUCUACAACUAUUGGUGGAGUUUGCAUGCCAAGAAGGUGAAACGCACGAUGCGUUCCAGGCUACGAUGGCAAGAGGAACAGUGGAAUCGGAAUGUUGAUCGGUGCUGCUUAGCCGAGUGGUUGAUUACCGAAGCUCGGGAGGACUCGAAGGCUCCUUGGGACUACAAUACAGACUUGGAUGCAGUGCUGAUUGGGCGACCCAACAAGAUCACUUGUGAGCAGUUCGCAAUGUGGCAGGACCACGUAUCAAAGGCCGUCAUGAAGGAUGCAACAGGACCAUGUGAUGGCCUUGAGAUGACCACUGAAGUGGAAGAUGCUGUGAUCCACUUGCGGGACCAGAUAGAGAUUGGUCUCCGUGCCAGUGAACAACUGAUGGAGAAACGUUGCCUCAUGGUGUGCGCCAACGACAAGUCGCAUGCCGUUGGCACCUUGAAAAGGCGGGUGAUGGCAGAUGCAUCCACCAAAUUUGAGGCAGACAUCCAAAAACUGCAUCACAUCGGAUUCAUCGAUCUCAGCAAGUUUGGCCGCCUCACUGUUCCCAUCAUUGAUGAAGUGGUAUUGGAUAUGAUGGUUGAGCUCAAUGACGCGUGCUAUUUGGCUUCCUAUUCCGAAACCACCAAUAAUGCAAUCUUCAGCUUUGCCACCACCCAAGUGAAAGACAAGUUGUUGGAGGUGUGCUUCAUCUCAACCUGGGAGGACUGGAAGGCAGCACGUGGACUCAUGUCAGCGGUUACUCCAAAGUUUGUUGCUGAUGCAGACCUAUCGGAGCUGACCAAUCCCAAGAUGCCACAACUCAAGGUUUGCACCAUGACGGCAGCAGGUCAUUUGCAGCUACCAGAUGCAACACGGAAGAAGUGGCUGGAUGAUCCAGUGCGGAGUGAAGUGGAUCUGGCAGAUCCCAAGGCUGUCGCAGAGUUGCCUGGCAACUCAGAUGAGGCUCAACCAUGUGAGACACCACCCAGCCUUUCUGCUGAGGAGUUCAAGCAGAAGCAUCCUGAGGUGGUAUUGGAAGAGCAGACGGGCCAAGGGCCCCAAGACACGCAACCCAUGUCAUUGUAUGACCUCAUCACGCUAUUGGAGAAACGCAACAUCGUUGACUUUACCAUCACUGGCCACAAAGUUGAACGGCCGGCAUCCGUUUGUCGUGGGGAAGCCAAAGACACUUUCCAAGUGACCCAUGAUGCUUACAGCGUCUACAAGCCAAAUGCUGUCCAGCUCAAGGCUGUGAAGGCUGGCAACUUGGCUGGGGUAAUCGGGACGAAGUCGCUGUCGUCCUCCAAGUACAUCUCUAUGGUAUGGCGCAUCUUG